CACCCGGGGCGGAGCCGCGGCUGCGGCGGGGCCGGGAAGAAGCGGCAGCGAGGAGCUCAGGGGUUUCGUCCGGCAGGGAGUGAGAUCCUGUCCACUUGCCGCUGGAGCCUCCUAAAAGAUUCAGUUGGAAACCGGAUUAAGUAUUAAGGCCGGAGACCAUCUGCGAGCUUAGCCAUUAAAUCCCUGGAGCAACACGGUGGGUGCUUGAGGCGCAUUUCAAGGCUCCUUUGUUUUAAAUUCAUGUGAUAUAAUACUGCCCUCUAUAAUAAAUUUUCAUGCCAGAAGAACACAGUCAAACUAUAAUGGCAGUUGAUGAACUUCAAGCCAUAAUACAAAGAUGUCAAAUUCUGGAAGAAGCUGAUUUCAAAGGAGAAGAUUUUAAUCUAUUUCAGGUAGCAGGUCAGAAAUGUUUGGAAGAUGGAUAUGCAGCUCAGUUAUUAGAAGUAAUUCAAAAUGAGAAAAACAAGGUUAUCGUCAAGAAUAUGGGUUGGAAUCUCAUUUCUCCUCUUGUUAGAUGUAUUUUCAUGUAUAAACAAGAAGAUGAUAAGCGAGAACACUGCCUGAGGAUACUAGAACAGUUGGCACAGCUCUGCAAUCCAAAGGAACUUUUUUUGGGCUUACUUGAGCAGAUUGAGCAGACCUCUGGAGAGCAAGUGUGUCAAACUGUCAUGUUAUUGCUUCAGCCUUUGCAGACAGUGCUUUUGAAACUGCAGAACAAGAAGGCCUACUCAGUGGGUUUGUCAUUGGCUGUGAUUAUGAAUCAGCUCACUCCAUUACCUGUACCCUACACAAAACAACAAAUAGAAGAAGAUAAACUUGGUCUCUGUCAAUGUUGUAAUGCAGUGGUGGACUUUGCUAAACCUUUUGUGAAUGAAGUUGUUAAAAAUAUGGAAAAGUCGUCAGAAUACAAUGACAUGGAGCUGAAAGAAGAAUUAAUAAAAUUCUGUAUGAAAAGCCUGCAAUACCCAUUAUUGACAGCUCAGCUUGAACAACUUGAGGGCAUUGAAGAACAUCCUUUUCGGCAUUUUGCAACUGAAAUUACAGACAUUUUGUGGAACAUUGGAGAAUUGAUACCGUUAGUGUUUGUACACCACAAGGGCAAAAGUCCACUCUGGGAGAAUCAGGAGUUUGCAGACAUAGAGCGAAAGAAUUCCGCCGAUUCUUUGGCAUGUCUGUCGUAUCUGAUGUUUGUUCAGCAUUUUGGUGUCGAAUGCUUCCCAAUGGUUUUUAGUCCUUCAUACCUUCUGCUGUGCAAUAUGACACAUAUUGAAGUGCUGCUGAAAAGAACAGAAGAAUCUGUAUUAUCUAAAGGACUUGAUCUGUUUGAGAGCUGUUUAUUGAGAAUGGAAGAUAACAGCCUUCACCAUCACUAUUUAGAAUUCAGAGACUUUAUUAAUGUACCUCAGGAUUUGGUGAAAAUUAUGACCCUUUGUCCCAUGGAGCAUAUGAGAAAGAAGAGUUUAAGUAUUUUGCAGUUGUUCAUAGACAAGUUUGAUACAGAGGGAAAAUAUGCAUUAUUCAGGUGUUUACUGAAGACAAGCAACCAUGCUGGUGUGGAAGGAUACAUUAUUAAAAAUAUAAAAGAUCAGAUUCACUUGGCAUUAACGGAGUAUGACAACAUUUGGUUUACGGGACAUCACCUGAUCUCCCUUCUAGAUUUAGUACUUUCACUUCCAGAAGGUGCUGAGACCGAUCUUCUGCAGAAUUCAGACAGGAUUAUGGCAUCAUUAAAUCUGCUGAGAUACUUGAUCAUUAAGGAUUGUGAAAGUGACAAUCAGACUGGUGUAUGGACCACACUUGGCAAGAUAGAGCAGAAUUUCUUAAAACCACUGCGUGUAGGACUCAAUAUGUCAAAAGCACAUUAUGAAGCGGAAAUAAAAAAUAAGAAAGAGAACAGAAAAGAGGCACACAGUUCUAACACAGUUUGCUCUGUAACUGUUAGUGGGGAAAAGAUGCCUGCCAUGACUACUGGAAUGCAGCUUCAAGUUUUACACUCAGCUCUCUUUACAUUUGAUUUAAUAGAAAGUGUUCUAGCUCGAGUAGAAGAACUCAUUGAAGUGAAAACAAAAGCUGUAAUGGAUGAAAAUAGUUAAGGGAGUGAAGUGUUUGAAUUACCAUACUCCUGAAAAGAACAUCUGAACUAUGAGACUUCAGUUGCAAGGGAUGCUACUGCCCUUUAAAGAAGAGCGAUUUAGAGGGGCCUCCAGAAGAACUGCAAAUGCUGCUCUUCACAAGUCUUGUUGCUGUUCUUUUUUAUUUUCUUUUGCUCUUGUUGCAUGUGAUUUGCAGAUAAUGUCUAUUUGCUCCUCUUCAGAAUUGUGAGCUUUUUCUUAUGUUUGGAAACUAAAGGCAGGGGUGUGCUCUUCUCUGUGGCAAGUUAGGCAUUUAUUUUUUUUAAUUUUCAGAAUUUUUUGGGUAAUAGUUGCUGUCUGGUGUUGUGAAUUACAAAAAUUUUUAUCAAGAAGAACCAAUAAUUAAAAAGUCCAGAUUAAGCAGAAGAUACUUUUAUUAGCACAUUUUAAUGUUGACAGACAAGCUUCUCAAUUUGCAGGACUGUAAAGUAUAGAUAGAUAACAGUACAGAAUAUACAAUCUAUAAAUGGUAAAAACAAAAGGAAAGGCAAAGGAAACCAGGCUUUAAGAAAAACAGAUCAACUUUGAGCCAAAUAAGAUGUUAGAACUUAGUAACACAACUGAUAACACUUGUGUUUAAAAAGUAGUGUAAGAUUGCAUACAUACAGCUGCUGUUUUUAGGGAUACCUCUAUUUUGGAAUUGUUUUGAUCAUCCUUGUCUUUAAUAAUACAGCUUUCCUUAAGAUACAGUAAAUAUUUAGGGGAAUUAUUAAUAAACAGAGGAGCCUCUAAGGUCAGAACCAAGUUAAAAGCAACGAUGACUUCUCUAUAGUGCAGCUCAACAACUUUUUUUCCCUCCAUAGAAAGCACAUUUGGUAUCAAGUAUGCUAUUUUUUCACUGUAUUGCUAUUUAAUAUGAAUUUUCAUUCCAAAUACAUAUGUUGAAUGUAGUUUUUUGAAAUGUAACUAUAUUUUUAAGAACAUUCUAUAUUUUGUUUAAAAUGUAGCGACUCUAUUUAUGAAUAAAAAACCAACUAUUAAGUUAAUUACAGUGCAACUGGUACUCCUGAAGCAUCUUCCGAACUGGACUUUUUUCUAUUAUUUGGGCUUUUGUCAUUUCCAUUUUGCAACGAGUAUCAUCUGCUCCUGGUUUGGAAGUAACCUUGGAGAAAAGAAAAAUAAUAUUAAUAGAACACAGGGACUUUUAGGUAAUAGAAUAUUCAACAUUUUAUUUUUCCAACAGUAGAAAUGCAAAAUUAUUCAGCAGUGAAAUUUGAAUUGUGUGUUCUUAAGUAGGUGUUCAGGAAUGCUGUACACAUAGGUGAUAGUAUUUGAACAGGAGUUAACAGUAAAUGAUGACAUCCUAACUUAACAAUGGUAAGUAAAAGCAAAAAAAGCUCUUUACUUUCUAAUUUUUUUUCCUAGAUGCUACUAAGAGCUAUUAAGUUACCUUUAAUGGUAAAGACUCAGCUAAUGCAUCAGAGUAUCAGUCCUACCUUAGUGUAUAAAUGGAUUGUGGUCAGAAUAACCUAAAAGGUUCCAUUAAGGAAAACCAAGUAUUUUAUAGUUCUUGGCUUUUCCUGAGUAAUACAGUAAUAUUUUUAAGUGUAUGCAACUGGACUUACCUUAGCCAUAGUUAGCAUUAAUUUAACAGUUUCAGCAGGAUUAUGAACUGGUAUUACACGUAAAUUGCUGCCCAAGAAUCUGUACAUCAAAAUAAAUAAGGUUACUUUUAGAAUAUGUAUUUAAUUUGUUAUGCCACAAAACUCAAACAGCAUUCCCACAUGAUGUAAACAGCUUUUUAGUGUGCAGUUUUACUUACAGAGAAGGCUGCUUUUAUCUUGAAAGGCAAGUGCAGCAUUCAUGCUGUUUGUAAAGCCAUCUGUCCCAUUUCUGUAUGACUUAUUUAGGUGGGAUUUGGAAGGGCUCAUUUCUUUAUCUAGGUCUCUUCAACCACCAAUCAGCACUUCUUAAGCAUGUGUACAUUCAGAGAGAGCUAAACCCUCUUCUGUGAUAUUGCUGAAGACUUCUCAGUGGCAGUAAAAAAUAUUUGGGUUGUAUUUAUGGCUGUGAAAGAACACAGCAAAGUAUCUAACAACACUGUGCUAAAAAUACUUCAGAACCUGAACUAAAUCUUUGUAGUGUACUAUAAAUAAAACAACCUGUAUUCCAGACACAAUUAAGAUAAUGGGAUAAUUCCACUACUUUCAUGUAAAGACUCGUUCACUCAAUACUUUAACCUAAAAUGAAUUCUUUCUAUAAAUAGUGUUAUUCAUAUGCAUUCAUUCUUGAGAAGAGUAUCUUAAGAUUUAAAAUAGUAACAUGAGUUGUCAAUCAUGGUUAUGGAAGAGAGACAUCAAAGCUUAGGCAAGCACAGAGCCUCUCCCUCAGAAUUACACCUUAAGUGUGUUAUAACAGUGACGUUACCUUUGCUGUUUUCUGUUGUAGAGCUAAAACAGGAGAGGGACUUCACAACAAAGAAUGAGGAAUUUUAAAUAACCAAAAUGAAUUUAAAUAAUGCAGAUGAAGUGCCCAGCUGCUCAGUUGCAUAGUCCCCUGUGACCUCCCCUUGUGCCUGCCACCUGUUCUUCCCUGCAAUCUGUCUGAUGACUUGGACUCAUUCACAUUAAGACCUCCUGCUGGUAAGGUAUCUCAUCUGAACUUGUCUGCCCUUGCUCCUAAUUAGCAAAAAUAAAUGUUACAGGAACUGUCCUUCGCUAAGCAUAGGCACUCAGGUCCCUGGUGAAUUUUGCUAAAAUGUGAUGUAGGAACAAGGGUUGGAUUUACAUUUAGAGAUUAGGGAAAUAAAUUGAUGCAAUUUUGCAAAUACUGGAAUGGGCUAAACAAAGCAUGGAUGAACAAAGUGCAACAAAUAAAUAAUUACAUGUACUUACCUAGAUCCAUGAAAAUAUAUUUCUAUAAAUAGUUUUGCUUCCAAUAACAGCAGGUUUAAAUUUAGUGUUAUUAAUUUGACUGAUGGACAGAAUACUGGGAAGGAAUUUGAACAUGGCUGGCCUUUCCUCCAAAGUGUUUAAAACAUACCAUACAGAUGUACUGAGGUUAUUUCUGAGAUUAUUUAAGCUGCUAUUAAACACUACUUUUUUCCCACUUCCACCAUGCUAUACACAAUUCUGCAUAAAGUGUUUGUGUUGUUAACAAUAAUCCUAUAAUUUUCUUGUUAAUAAUAACAAAAAAUAAUCCUUCCCCAACUGCAGCAAAGCCAUAGAUAAGCAGAAAGAAACAGUAAUAAAAGACAACCUGAUGAUACUAAGGGGCUUUGUUUUUUUUAACAAAUCCAACAGGUGGCUUUUAAUUUCAAAGAACAUGGCACAAGUUUCAACCCCACUAGGAGAAGCUCAGUCAGUGAUUUACAAACAAUAGCAGAACUCCAAGCUGCCAGGUAGUAAAAGAAGCACAUGCAUUUAAAUAUAUAUAUAUAUUUUUAUAUAAUUGUCCCUUGUCAACAUCAAUUUGAUAUUGCUUGCAAUGAAAAAACAUUUUUUAUUAUAAUAAAACUACUGACUUGCCAAAUGAAUGCAGUUCCAAAACAUUGCAUUUUAGUGAUCAGCAUGUGCACAAGACCCAUUGUAUAUAACCACAAAGUAGAUUGAGAAUUAGCAUUGCCAUCACCUGAAUAAUGUGAAUUGCUGAAUGGUGGCUGAAUUUUUAAAACCUCUCAUGAAAAUUUACAACGUUUUCACAGACGGGUAAUAGAUUUCUUACAUUUUAUCUCACACACUCUAUUCAUCAGCAUUUGGCAGUAUGCCCAGGAUUUAAUGAAACUGGUGCUAGUUUCCUCAAGGAGGUAAAGAUCAAAGACUUCAUUAGAAUAGUCACUUCUUUGAGGCCAAGAGUGACAAUCAACUGCAGUUAGGGCUACUGUACCUACAAGAAAAUAGUUCUGACUACAAGCAUGGAGCAUAACCCAAUUGCUGUUGUCAGCAGGUAUGUACUGAAAUAUGCAAGUUUUCAGACUUCAUUAGAAAUCAGAGAUAAAAGAUUUAAACAAACCAGUUUUAGUAUCUUUUAUACUUCUGGUGUAAAAUAACACUGAUUAUUUAAUUGUUCUAGCACAGUGUAAUAGAUGCUGUUCCAAGUAAACAUUUUAAAAGGUAAAAAAUUUGCACUUUACAAUAAAGCCUUGUCUCAUGACGUAAACUUGCCUGUUCUGUUUUGAAGAUGACCAUAAAAAUAUGGCUACAGAGCUAAGAAAAUGUUCUGAAUUUCCAAUGCAAGAAAAAAUUUUAAAAUAAUUAUAUUACAUAGCCCUAAAAUGAUUGAAAGGAAUCUUAUUUGCUAUGUUUUGAGGAACAUCCUCUUUUGUUACCUGUGAUGCAUCAGAUUGAUUCACUUGGUAUUCUUUUUAUUUGCUGUUAAUAAACAAAUGCUUUAAAUAA